AUGGCAUUAACGGGCUGUCGUAUUCCGAACGGCGUGCAGUGGCAGUGGUACCCAACGGGCCAAAAGGGUCGAGGACAAGUCGAGGACAAGUCGAGGACAAGUCGAGGACAAAUCGAGGAGAUUGUGGUGGCGCUGUGGCAGCGGCAGUUGCAGCCGGUCAGGUGCGAUGUCGACGACGGUGGCCACGGCCGGUACCUGGCGGGGGACGGGCAGCUGAGGCCUGUGUCCAUGUCAGCGUCUGACGGUGCAGAGGUUGGCACUGGUGUUGGCGUGGGCAGGUAUGGGUAUGGGUGUGGGUCCCCGACGCGCGUCUCUGUUGGGCUAGCACACCUUUUGCGCCAAGCCAGGCCUAGGUCUGAAACCGUGCCUGCUCUGCAAAACUACUCGGGCGUUGUGAUCCUCUCUACCACCGCAACCCAACCCGGCCUACCUACCAUCAACCCACUGCCUGCUCCUGUCUUGCCACCAAGCCCCGACGCUGCAGACAACCCGUACUCGCUCAUCGCCCACACUGCCUACUUUUGUCGUCCAUCGCCCGCCUGUCUGCCAACCCCCCCGCUCCUCCAGGCGGUGAAGUCACUCCCAGCAUCCCACUCGACAGGCUCCCGCCCAUAA